GCCAAGUUGGGGGAGCCUGGGCCAACACUGCCAGGACUGAGAUAGUGUGCCGUGCUCCUGGACCCGGUUCAGCCCUGUCUGUGGGAGGAAAGAAAGCUUUGUUGUGGCAGCCUGAGGAUGAUGCCCCAGCUUCAGUUCAGAGAUGCAUUUUGGUGCAGGGACUUCACAGCCCACACCGGCUAUGAGGUGCUGCUGCAGCGGCUGCUGGAUGGCAGGAAGAUGUGCAAGGACAUGGAGGAGCUGCUGAGGCAGAGGGCCCAAGCUGAGGAACGGUACGGGAAGGAGCUGGUGCAAAUUGCCCGGAAAGCAGGCGGUCAGACAGAGAUCAACUCCCUGAGGGCAUCCUUUGACUCCCUGAAGCAGCAAAUGGAGGACGUGGGCAGCUCCCACAUACAGCUGGCCCUGGCCCUGCGUGAGGAGCUCCGCAGCCUUGAGGAGUUUCGCGAGAGGCAGAAGGAGCAGAGGAAAAAGUAUGAGGCCGUCAUGGACCGUGUCCAGAAGAGCAAGCUGUCACUCUACAAGAAGGCCAUGGAGUCCAAGAAGACAUAUGAGCAGAAGUGCCGGGACGCAGAUGAUGCCGAGCAGGCCUUCGAGCGCAUUAGCACCAAUGGCCAACAGAAGCAGGUGGAAAAGAGUCAGAACAAAGCCAAGCAGUGCAAGGACUCAGCCAUGGAGGCAGAGCGGGUAUACAGGCAGAACAUUGAGCAGCUGGAGAAGGUGAGGGGCGAGUGGGAGCAGGAGCACCAAACCACCUGUGAGGCCUUCCAGCUGCAAGAGUUUGACAGGCUGACCAUCCUCCGAAAUGCCCUAUGGGUGCACUGCAACCAGCUCUCCAUGCAGUGCGUCAAGGAUGAUGAGCUCUACGAGGAGGUGCGGAUGACACUGGAAGGUUGCAGUGUGGAAGCAGACAUAAAUGGCUUCAUCCAGGCCAAGAGCACAGGCACUGAGCCCCCAGCUCCGGUGCCCUACCAGAACUACUAUGAUCGGGAAGUCACCCUAUCACCUGGCAGCCCUGGCAUACAAUCUUCCUGUGGCAUGAUAAAAAGGUUCUCUGGACUGCUGCACGGAAGUCCCAAGUCCACACUGUUGGCAGCCUCUGCAGCCUCCACAGACACCCUGACUCCUACCCCCAAUCAGAAUGAGGAUGUCUACGCCGCCGUUGCAGUGCAGGAGGCACCGGGACCCCCCACCCUGCCAGCCCGGGACUACAGGGCAGUCUAUGACUACAGAGCCCAGAAUUCUGAUGAGCUGGACAUCUCUGCGGGGGACAUCCUGGAGGUCAUCCUGGAAGGGGAGGAUGGCUGGUGGACAGUGGAACAGAAUGGGCAGCGUGGCUUUGUCCCUGGUUCCUAUCUGGAGAAGCUCUGAGGAAGGGCAACAGCCCCACCUGGACCCGCCCUGUCUGUGG